AAGAAAAUGCUGACAAUUUUUUAUAUACUGCUCCUGAUCAAUUUUGGGCGAUGCUCAGAUCAUCAGAUCUUUGACACCAAAAAUGUUGCUGUUGGGGAAAAUGUGACUCUAAAUUGUUCCCGGGAUCGUCUUUGGCAUUCAACAAACUUAUUUUGGAUCAGACUUGUUUCUCAGAGCUUUCCUGAAAUUGUAGGAUCAACAAUGUCUUAUGAUUCUCCGACUAUUGAAAAGACUCAUCAUAUUACAACAAAACAAGAGCCUGGAACUUUUGUUCUACAUAUCAACAGAGCACAGUUAACCGAUACAGCUGUUUAUUACUGCAUCAAAGUAAGAAAGCGCAACAUGACAUUUUUGAAAGGAACUUUUCUUAGAAUCAAAGGACCUGACCCAGGCAUCACUGGUGUCACUCAAGACUCUUUGUCUAAUCCAGUCCAUCCAGGAGCCCCAGUAACUCUGCAGUGUUCAGUCCUCUCUAAUUCUGAGAACAGAACAUGUACAGAAGAUCACAGUGUGUACUGGUACAGAGCCAAACCAGAUGAAUCUCAUCCUAGUUUAAUUUAUAGUCACAAAAACAAUGGUUAUGACUGUGAGGGGAGUCCUGAGGCUCCCUCCCAACAGAAAUGUGUCUACAGCUUCUCCAGGAACAUCAGCUCGUCUGAUACGGGAACUUAUUACUGUGCUGUGGCCACAUGUGGAGAGAUACUGUUUGGAAAUGGAACAAAACUCGAUAUAGAAGUUCCAGUUGUCCGUCAUUGGGAUUUGACCAACACAGUUCUCAUUCUGCUAUGUGUUGCUCUCAGCAUAAGCCUGAUUGUCAUUGCUUUCCUUAUUUAUAUCAUCAAAGAAAAAAACAAAACAUCGGCUGCUGCUUCUCUACAAACAAAUACAGAAACAACUAGGGCAGAACAGCAAAUUCAUAAAAGACAUGAGGACUCAUUGACUUAUGCUGCACCAACCUUUACCAAGAGAAACACUCGCAAAGCAGACAGAAGGAAUGCAAGAGCAACAGAGACAAUUUGUAUUUACUCUGAUGUCAGAGCUUUUGAGUGUGGAAAAAGUGAUGCUUAAGCAAAGCUUGUAUUUCAUCUCCCUUACAUCUUCACUUUGGACUGAUAUUUAAUAUUGGCAUGCCCAGAUUUCAUUCACUGAGUCUGGAUAUUAAAAGCAGAAGAGAAAAACAUUCAAAUGAUGACUAUGUGAAAAUAAAUCCAGUAAGUCAUCAAACACCAAAUGUGCUUUGGAACAACUACAAGACAUCAAAUCUUUGUAUUUAGUGUUUUUUUAAAAUUCAUGUCCCAUUUUCUUCACUUUUUUUGUUUUGCUUCGUGACAACUGUAAUAGAGAUACAAAAAACUGCAUAGAAAAUUCUAAAAUACCAUUUUGUUGUUUGAGCACUUUGUAUUUUUCAGCUGUUUAUGUCAGGUCUUCAGAAAACAACCAUGUGGCACUUGUUUGAACCUGUUUGGUUUGUGAUUCAAGUUUUUCUCUGCCAGCCAGCAUGAAAUGCUUCUUAUGUCUGUUCAGUAGGAUCUUGCAGAAGCUUUAAUAAAACAC